AUGUACCUGUCGUCAAGCUCCGCUCCAUCCACCUUUGCGGAGCUGCCUGGCUACUUUCCUCAGCAACAUGUUUACACCAAGGAAAUUUUCUCGGAUCAGCAGGAGAGGAAUUCCAGUCGGGACCAAACAGAAUCAAAGCCACAUAUUAAAGAAGAACUGGAGGAUCUAUGCAUCAGUCAGGACCUAGAGCCACAUGUACUGAAGCAGGAGUUCAACAUCAUCAUGGUAACACAUGAGAACAGUGAUCACAGCGAACCAGAACCUGAGAGCCAAGACCUGGAGGAAUCGGACAGAAUUCACAGUAACAAAGCAGAUGCCUCCUCCGUGUGUUAUUCUGACACAGAUCUCCCAAAGCAGUAUGUCUGCAAAAAGAAGGAGGUUCUUUCAGGCCAUCAUCUCUGUAAAAAGGAAAAGAACUGCGGUUUGGACCAGAAGAACCCACUGCCUCCAUGUAUUAAAGAAGAACAGGAUGAUUCCUGCAUUAGUCAUGAUCUUCAUCAGCCUGUACUGAAGCAGGAAUACAAUAUUGUUAUGGUGACAUAUGAAGGAAGUGACCACAGUGAACCUGAGUGUCAAGACCAGGAAGAACACAGCAGAAGUCCCAGUAGUGGUGCAGACAUGUGUGGCUUUUGUGGAAAAGUUUAUAAGUCUAAGUCUAAACUAAAGGCACAUUAUAGAGUCCACACAGGUGAAAAACCAUAUUCUUGCAAAACAUGUGGGAAAAGAUUUUCCAGCUCCUCUGCUUUGUAUAAUCACAUAAACACGCACACAGGUGAGAGGCCGUACUUCUGUAAAACCUGUGGGAAAGCUUUCAGAGUGAAUGAAAAAUUACUGAUCCACAUGAGAACCCACACGGAUGAGAGGCCAUACUCUUGUAAAACAUGCGGGAAAAGUUUCACACAAAAUGGAAAUUUGACCGUUCACAUGAGAACCCACACAGGCGAGAGGCCAUAUCCCUGUGAAACAUGUGGGAAACGUUUCAGUAAUAAUGGCGAUUUGCUGCGUCACAUAUCGACCCACACUGGUGAAAGGCCGUAUUCUUGCAAAACGUGCGGGAAACGUUUCACUCAAAAUGGUAGUUUGACUGCUCACAUGAGAACCCACACAGGUGAGAGGCCGUACCUUUGUGAAACAUGUGGGAAACGUUUCUGUCACAACAGGGACUUACUGAUCCACAUAACCACUCAACACAGACAAGAAGCUCUAGUCCUGAAAUAUCUGUGGAAAAAAAUACCAUGUUACCAAGACAUGCAAAAAAGAAUAAAUCUAUGAGAUCAGAA